AUGUCCAGUUGGCUAGCGUUUUUCGGGUUGAAAAAGAUCGAGGAGGAGGAGGACGAUGCAGUAAAAAAUGAUUUGGCGCAAGAAUCGACGACUGUAAUAAGCACGCCGGAUGUACCGCAGUUGGACGAAGAUCAGAGAGCUCAUAUCAAAGAGGUGCUUCGCCGAGCUGAACACUCGCAAAAGGAAGCAAAAAUAAUACUUGAUACGACAAAUUUGCGUAAAUUGCGCGACUUACCAUUUCGUGGGACCAUCGAUGAAAACGAAGAAUUUUUUACAGUUGAGGAUGAAAGCUUUCUUGUGCAAAUGGACUCACUUCCAGAAAGUAAAGAUUUCCUUUUUUUUUUCAUCCGCAUAUUUUUUGUAAUUGCGCUGUUGCGCCCAUAUCCCAACAAUACAAAGGCGCAUCUCAGUUUUGGACUCUUUUGCUCAACAUUGUGCGUUUGCUUUAAGUGGCAUCUCUCCUGA